AAUAACGAUCAUAGGAUGAUCCGAAACCCAACUAAGUUUUUAAAAAAAAUUAUACUUUCAUCAUAUUUCCGCAUUUUUAAUCCGUAAUUGGUCUAAAGUUAUUGAACCUAGCUUGGCACAACGUUUCCGAACCGUAAAUUUUUCUUCCAUGUCAUGCGACUAACAAUGAAAGUCCACUAAUGUCAAGAAGUAACUUUCAUUGAAUAUCUUAGAAUGUGAUCGGAGAGUGGCUUGAAUGUAGUGAUUGAAGAAAUUGUAUUGUCAUCACAGAGGUUCAGGAAAAUGUCUCACUGUAGCAAAGACGCCCUGACAGAUUUGUUCGGUUGGUUCCUUCAAGUCUUAUUAGCUAGCUUGGCAUUUACCUGUCUUAUCUUAAAGCGAUUUUGUGAACCAACUGUAGAACGGAGGCCAUGGCUCAUUUGGUUUUACGACACUUCAAAACAGGGUAUGGGAGCCUUAGUGAUUCAUUUAGCAAAUGUCUUCCUAGCAAGCAAUUACCAAGGAGAUCCGUGUACCUGGUAUAUUAUUAAUUUUCUCUUAGAUUCUUCUGUUGGUUUGCUAAUCUUGUACAUUGGAAUUCGUUUUUGUCAAUAUCUAUCACGUGCUAAACACUGGGAUGCGAUUAAUUUUGGGGAAUAUGGCAAACCUCCAUCACCGCAAGCAUGGUUGAUCCAAUGUGCACUGUAUGUGCUUUUAAUGAUAGUUGUGAAGACAUCUAUAACUCUUCUAAUGAUGCUAGACUUUUGGGAUAGUGUCCAACAGUUUAUUCUGUCCCCAUUUAGUGACCCUCGCAUUGAGGUUGCUUUAGUAAUGUUGAUUAUUCCUUUCUUCGUCAAUGCUCUUAUGUUUUGGGUUACUGACAACUUUUUGAUGCGCAAACAAACCACAAGAAGGAAAGAGAGUCUUCUUCAAAGAGCAAGAUUUAGGUAUCGUAAAAUCAGAAGAGAGAAGAAGGAAGACUCUGAAUCUGAAACCUUGAUAUCUGCUGAUGAGGAAUUGAUAGGCUCAGGUGAGGCAGGGCAAACAAGACUAAGUAAUCUAACAGUCACUUGAUGAUGAUUGUUUUCAAAUUAUAUUAUACGUUUACAAGCGAGAUCAGUUGCAAACAUAUGAGCUAUUAGUGAGAACGGACUGAAAUGUAGAUUUUUAUCAUCUAUCCAAAUGAAAAGUAUCAUAAAAUUCCCUAAUAUUUUUACUUCUCCUGUUUAGGGACCAUUUGCUCACAGAAAAAUUUAAAAUUUACAAUGUUCAAAUAUUGUAAUUUUUGCUCGCUGUAUCUUUCAUUCUACCAUCUCAAUACAUCAGGUCACAAGCACUAUGAGUGAAACUAAAACAAAACCUUUUGAAAUGAGCUAUAAUUUUAACACAUUAACUGUGUGCUCAACUAUGAUUAGUCCAUAACUAAUUAGAUUUUCAUCUAUGACUGAUUUGAUGAUCAAUCUGCCUUGCUUAUUUCACUCAAUAAAUUUAAAUAGGAAUGUCAUAUUAAUUGGUAGUUGUUUUUGGCUGAAAGAAAUACUAGGAGUUUUAUCAUUUUUUUUAAAUUUUUUUUUACUGCCUGCGAGUUUUGUCGUGCACAUUUUCAGCACUUUUUAUAACAUUUUAUUUUUGUCAAAGCAAAUUGAACAAUUGAUUUUGCAAAGAGUGUAAGCUUUGAUAAAUGUGUCUGGAAGUGUUCAUUAGUGUUCUGGCUUCUUUUACCUAAUUGUGAUCAAAGAUCAAGCAGUUAAUUUCCAAAAAUUAGAAAUAUUCUUUGUUGUCUGUGCCAUCAUGCAUUUGGAAUAGUAUUUUGGGUAUGUAAGUCCUUACUGCAGUUAGAAACCACAAGUUCUGAAAAUAUGUCAGUAUUUUAAAUUGCAGUUAACAGAGAUAAAUUGUGACGGUAGAGGAGGCUCGUCUAUUCUGACUGGGGAUCUUAUGUCUGUCCAAUCAUUGUCCUAUUUUUAUUUUUUUAGAGCAGAUUAUUGAAACUUAGUAGUAGGAAAGCAUAAUUCAGUUAAUGUGGCAGAGAAGUAGAAGCAUAUGCCAUGGCUGUGGAUUGCUUGACAUUGUGAUAUGAUAGUGAGCUUGAUAGCCUUGUAGUUAAUAAUUGUAGUGUAUAAAAGUGAACUCUGUCCUUCUCUUUGUUGCUUUCUAUUUUGUACAUGUGUUAAUUCUGUUGAUUUGGAGACUACACACUUAGCAGUAUUUGUGUAGGGAGAAGCAGGGACAAGUUUUAUGAUAUUUAUUUUGUGCUAUGUUUCUUGCUUGUGCAAAACGUCUUUAAAAUCUAUCUUUUAACUAUUUGCACCAAAACCUAUUUUAUCUGGUCAUUGUACAGGUAUUUUAAUGCAACCUAGGAGAUUAAGAUAAUAUUUUCAAUAUUUAUGGGUAUUUGGUUUUUUUCCUGCUGUAUGUCUGCAUGCAUUUUGCUCAGCCGAAGUUGUGUGAGCAGUCUUUCAAUGAAUUUCUAGUAUAAUUUUUAUCCAUGAUUCAUCACAUGUUAAAUUUAUCACCUUUUGUUUGUGAAUCUUAAAGUAAACCAUUCUUCUAUGAUCAACUUAAACCAAAAUGGUGCCAAAGUUGUUUUAUGUUUUUGCUGCUCAUUCUGUUCAGCAUCAGUAUCGUUAAAAUAAUCUUGUGAUGUAGUGGUGGCAGUAUUGUAACUUUCAAUUUGCCAACACACCAAUUAUUACUUCCUUCCAUAUUAUAGUGCCACAUUUAAAAGAUACUUAAUGAGGUAUUUCAGACCUUUCAGAAACAUUAUUUCAUCGUCUUAUGUUUAUUUUUCUUGUAUAUAAGAGUAGAGCAAUCAAUUUCCUUUCAGAGGUGGAAGUGCUUUGGCUCUUCAACAAUUUGACAUGUUUUAAUUUUUUUUUUUCUUUUUUGCUUCCAAGUGCCUAGAUGUUAUGUAACAAACAUUUGCAAUACCAUGACUUAUUUAUCAGUUAUAAAGUUGAAAGUUUAUUCAAUGUGGUACAUUAGCAGAAAAAUAUUAGGUAAAUUUUUCAUUUCACUUUCCAACCUUAUUGCUACUUCCUACUCAAGAAAAUGUUUUUUCUUCUAAUAUUACUUUGCUAAUGGCCCACUAUCUGAAAUGAUGUAAUGUAAAACUUGAUGUAAUGUAAUAUUUUAAGCUGGGAAUGAGCUUUUGUCCCUCCUAUCAUGACUGAAAUCACUAUUUGUGGCACAUAUUGCCAUCUUAUUGAGCAAAACCAGAGCUAGAAACUUUUAUCUCUAAGUCAGUAGGAUUAAGUCCAAACUUGAAUUAAUUUUCUAUUACAUGCAAGAACAUAUCAUUAACUGGCAUGUUCUCUGCAUUGUAGGCCAAAUUCCACUUAGCAUUGCUUCAUACUCAUAGAUUGUAAAGAAACAUAUUUUUACCACAGAUGCUUCAUUGAUAUUUUUUUACUGGAAACCAACCAGAAUGAUUGUACACGUGGUGAGGGUAGCCUAGAUCCUAUGAGGUCAAAUUUUACUAUGGCAACUUUUAGAGUAUAUUAAUGGUGGAAUAAAAAUGUAACUCCAAGUCCAA